AUGCAUAGAUUAUAUAUUUAUCGAGCCCUUCCAAUUUACUUGGAUAAAAUGUUCAAUCAGUAUGUGGUUAUAAUUCUCUCUGUGAUUUUUGUUCUAUUUUUUGGAGAGGUUAUCCCACAAGCUAUAUGCACUAGAUAUGGACUUGCAGUAGGUUCCAACUUUGUUUGGCUUGUUCGGAUUUUGAUGAUAAUUUGCUACCCAAUUUCAUACCCAAUUGGAAAGAUUUUGGAUUGGGUAUUAGGACAUAAUGAAGCUUUAUUUAGGCGAGCUCAGUUAAAAGUCCUUGUCUCCAUCCACAGCCAAGAGGCUGCCGGCAAGGGUGGUGAGCUUACACAUGACGAGACAACAAUUAUAAGUGGGGCACUAGAUUUAACUGAGAAGACAGCUGAGGAGGCUAUGACACCCAUUGAAUCAAUGUUUUCCUUAGAUGUCAAUUCAAAGUUGGAUUGGGAGGCUAUGGGAAAAUUUCUUGCUCGGGGGCAUAGUCGAGUUCCUGUCUAUUCUGGGAAUCCGAAGAACGUUAUUGGACUGCUUCUGGUGAAAAGUCUUCUUACUGUACGACCUGAAACAGAGACUCCAGUCAGUGCCGUUUCCAACCGGAGAAUACCACGAGUUCCUGCCGAUAUGCCACUGUAUGAUAUAUUAAACGAGUUUCAGAAGGGCAGCAGUCAUAUGGCACUUGAAAUUCAGCCAUACUUGAUGGAAGAAAAAUGUAAGACUGCAAUUCCUUUGUUAAUAAUGUUGUAUUGUUUUUUUUGCCUCCCCUCAUUGAAGUGCUCAUGCUUUUGAUAUUUUUUUUCCCUGGAAUUUUAAUGAUUUCUCAUCUCCUUUUUUAUUGUUUAAGUCAAGCCAGGCUGCUGUUCAGAAGGAAGCUUUAGGAUUGCAAACUAAAGCCAAAACCAAGGAAUCUGAAUUUGAAAAACCAAUAAAUUCAGCAUCAGCAGGUAAUUUGGCUACCAGGCAAAUAUAGCAACCUUGUACUGAUCUAUAAAUAUAAUCAUUUUCCCUUUUAUCUAAAAAUCUAGUUUAGCCCUAGUUUUCACAAAGAUCAGCUAGGUUUUGGCAAUAGUUCAUU